AUGACUAUAAGGAAGAGUUUAAGGCUCAAGGCAUAGUAAAAAAGGCAAUUGCUCUUACUUCCCUUUUGUUCUAAUUAGCAGAUUGGAUCUAAUGAAUUAGAGGAAGGGAUGGUGAUUAACUGAUAUAACCUCUUCUCUUCUUGAAAAUCGCAUCUCGAAAGUGAGAAUCAAAGGCCCCCCCUUCUCUCCCAUAAGGGAGGUGGGAAAGCAAGGUAUUCAAUCAAUGAAGUAAUAAAAUUGCAAAUCUUUCCUCCUCAGAUGAGGCUUAGUUCAGCUAGCCCUAGACAGAUCACAUCUUAUUAGAAAGGCAGGCAUUUCAUUAUCAUUAUCAAGAAUUGAAGACGCUAAGAAUGACUGGGGCCCCGGAGAAGGCACAAUACGUUCUUUUUAUUCGACAUUACCGGUAAAAGCAUUGAUUCUAAGCCUUUCCUCGAUCGGCAGCAGAAAAGAAAAAAUCCUGUUUGUUAGGGUAGGAGAAAGUCAGUAAUCGACUGGGGAUUUCCUUCUAUAAAGAAGUCACCUCCGAUUAGGAGUCAAAUGAAAGAAGAUGGAUCUGUCCGCUAUUUCAUCAGCAGCAAGUUUUUUAGCCACAGACGCUCUUGCUGGAAUAACCGGCGGUGGUCAACUAUCCAUUGUCAAAGUCUCCGUUCUUUUGGUGCUAUCAUCAUAUAAUAGAAUAGAUCACGCCUCUAACUAUCAAUUUCGUAAGAGAAGAUAGAAAGGUGGUUUUCGGGUUCGAACAGUGCGUCGAGAAGUUCCAUACCUUCGUCAAUUGAUGUACUUGCUUUUAUCUUUCUUUGUCGAGAUUGGCUUGGUGUUCACUGUACCCACGGAGCGGUACAAGAGAGCCAAUUUCCCAUGUCUUUCUUGGUUGGACCAACCCAACUGGUGAUUUCCGUCUUCCUGAAUUGGGAGAGAAAGAAUACGUCUCUCCUCUUUUUUUGGGGGGGGAGCAGUCAAAGAAUGAAGCAAAACAAAUGAUUGUGAUAGAAUGGCUAUUCCUUACAAUUGCUCCUUGUGAUGCAGCAGAACCAUGGCAAUUAGGAUCUCAAGACGCAGCAACACCUAUGAUGCAAGGAAUAAUAGACUUACAUCAUGAUAUCUUUUUCUUCCUCAUUCUUAUUUUGGUUUUCGUAUCACGGAUCUUGGUUCGCGCUUUAUGGCAUUUCCACUAUAAAAAAAAUCCAAUCCCGCAAAGAAUUGUUCAUGGAACUACUAUCGAGAUUAUUCGGACCAUAUUUCCUAGUAUCAUCCCGAUGUUCAUUGCUAUACCAUCAUUUGCUCUGUUAUACUCAAUGGACGAGAUAGUAGUAGAUCCAGCCAUUACUAUCAAAGCUAUUGGACAUCAAUGGUAUCGGACUUAUGAGUAUUCGGACUAUAACAGUUCCGAUGAACAGUCACUCACUUUUGACAGUUAUAUGAUUCCAGAAGAUGAUCCAGAAUUGGGUCAAUCACGUUUAUUAGAAGUGGACAAUAGAGUGGUUGUACCAGCCAAAACGCAUCUACGUAUUAUUGUAACAUCUGCUGAUGUACUUCAUAGUUGGGCUGUACCUUCCUCAGGUGUCAAAUGUGAUGCUGUACCUGGUCGUUUAAAUCAGACCUCUAUUUCGGUACAACGAGAAGGAGUUUACUAUGGUCAGUGCAGUGAGAUUUGUGGAACUAAUCAUGCCUUUAUGCGUGCGCCCGGAAACAUAGGCCAACUGCUGAGCCCACUCUGGCUCAGCCGCACCACCCAGGGUGCGAGCCACCCGAGAAGCAAGCUAUUACAGCGAGCGGCUGGAGCAGUAGGGAGACGAGGAGUAAGGCAGUAGAUAAGAUAGAAGAAGGGGCCAGGCUCCCGGUGGAGCAGAGAAGACGGUUAGGAUAACGAACUUGAAACGCGGAGCCCGAGCGGCCGGCGAGCGAGUGGUUAAUGGCCAAUAGCGCCCUAGUUGAUGGCAUUCCUCUCUGCGGCUGGCACUCGAGGAAGGGGCACUCUAUACAGAGCAAGCAAGUCUUAGAGAAGAGACGCCCGCGCAAGGACCUCAAUUCUCAUUAGGAGGUCGAACCAAGGACCUAUGGAAGUCGGGGCUACCCUGUCCCCAUGGGCAACAGUGUCCUGAGGGAGGAGUUUAGAGGCCUUAUAGUAGCACGGACUAAUUUGAAUUUAUAGGUCAUGCGAAGGAGGCCAGUCCAAGAUCGUACUGUUCUUCUACAAAGACAACAGACGCUCUCAACGGCUAGGCGCCACUUUUAUUCUGAGUUAUUCCAGCUUCUUCAUUCUUUCGUGCCGCGGUAAAAUAAAAAAGAAAAAAGAGGGCCGUUUCAGCUACAGGAGAAGGACCUGCAACGGCAGAGAAUACUAACCCUCUUCUUGUUCCUAGUCUGAUGAGUCCUGGAAGCCUGGAAUCCUCAAUAUGAGGGGUCCCUCAAAAUAUAGAAAGGCGGGCAGGCAGGGCUGGAGCAAGAACCUCCCCCCUCUUCUCGGUCAAGAUAGAUGGAAAGGAGCCCUAUCAAGUAAAGGCCAUAACCAGCCUCUUUUUUUAUGUACGUACACCUUUGUUUCAGGGUGGGGCCACCCUUCUUCCUGCUAAUCCGGCCAUUUCCGAACCUGCCUUUCCCACCCCCAAAAAUUCAAUGGCAAUGGAGGACUUCUCAAUUAUUGCGAUUCCCAUAUUCGAAAAAAUAAGAAAAAAAAACUAAAAAACUAGGGUUCCAAACCUUAGCUCGCCUAAAUAGGCUCAAUAAUAUCUUUCUUCGAUAGGACGGUCCGGCGCUCCGCAUGGUUCUAUUUUUACAUGUUCCGACUCGCCGGUCAUUAUGGAUCGAUCUACUGGCAUUAGAGGGGGGGAGGGGGGAAGCAAAGCUUCGUAGACUCGACAAGUCGCUCCGCUUCUAGAAUGCAAGCAAGGUAGCUUGCUUACUUGAAAGCGUACGCGGCAAGGAAGGAGGCAUAGACCAUAAUAAAGUAAAGAGGCAUUCGGGAAGCGACUAGUCCCUGAUGGCGAAGCUUAACGAAGGCCAACCACUAUACAUAGAGAGAUCCAUAUACCAGUCAUGAGCAAUAGCGAAGCCUAGAGAGGCGCAAGACAGAAUCGAAGAGCUUAGUUAGUGUGAAAUGAAAUGCUCAGGAAAGGAGCAGAGAAG